UCCCUCUAACAGUAUUUAGGGCAAGCCUAAGCUGUAGACCGAAGGCAUAAUCACAGCAUCUGUGUUGAUUGCGUGCCUUGCAGUUUGCUAAGGAAAUUUACCGAAAUGGAUCACAUCUUGGACAGAUCAGAUGAUGAGGACAACAUUUUCUUUGAAAAUCCUCAAACUGACUCCCUUCAAGAGGCAGCUACUAAAAAACAGGAUAUGUUGGAGCUGGAGGCUGAGAGUGACCAGGACCUGCAGAGUAAACAGGAUGAGCAAGAAACACAUGAUGCUCAAUGUGAGGACCCUCAACUCUCCACAUCUUCGCAGUUUUCAGAGAACAUCCCUAAACUGAGUCAGGAGAACAUAUUUUUCCAGCUAAACCACUGGAAUACACAGAUGGGUCUACAAGUGAAAGAACUCGGAGAUGAUCACAUGGGCUGGAUGAAGAAAAUUAACAGUAUUAUACAAAAAGUAACCAUAUCAGAAAGCACAGUGAAGAGCUUGUUAAGUGAGGUGAUGUCUUUGGAGGGCCAAAUUGAAAAGCUGGAGUUACACCAGGGCCGUGACCCUGACAAGGGGGAAAACAUCAAGGAGAAGAUUGUGGAAAUUAAAAAGCAACUAGGAGAAAUGGAUAACAAAUUUGUUCAGGUUGAUGCUUGUAAUGAAGCUCAUGAAUUAAAGGAGAAACUCGUUGCAAAAAUAGAGCCUUCUGCUGUGGGCCAACAGAACAUCUCGCACCCCUGGGCUGCUUCCACAUCUCCUCCAUCUGGAUCUUACCCUCUAUGUAUAUAUAUUACCCAUUCUUCAAGGCUCAGAUCACAUAUCAUCUCUUUUAGACCUUCCUUAAUCUUCCUUACCCAGAAAAAUGACUCAAUAUUGAACUCCUCCCACAAGAUCUUAUACAGUGAGAACUUCUGCAAGGAUAUGACUGUGAUGAAUAAAAGACUUGGGAUGUACCCAAUGAGAGAAGAGCACACAGACUCUCGGAGUCCUGAAGACACGGGUAGGGAAGAAAUGGAGCGUCUGCUUCUUCAGGUUCCCCCGACCCCUCCAGAGCAGAACUUCCCUCCUCGCAGUACCUUGUGGAAACGUGCACUGAGGAUUUUCAUCACAUUUUAUGCCCUCACCUUCACUGUACUUUCAUGUUACAUAUUAUUUUUUGAUGCCACGUUUAUCUUUGAAAGCGUGCUCCCUACAAUGCUUGGGCGCCGCAGAACGUGGGAACUACGGGAGAUUAUUGUGCCUUUCUUAAAUUUGGAAGUGGAAGACUUGUUACCCUCCUAAAGAUACAGAAGUUGCUGUUACACUACUGACUUUCUCCCCAAUAAAAUUCUGGCUGUUCUUGUGU